AUGGAGCAACAAAUAAUAUAUAAUAGUCAAUUUGAUAGUAAUAAUCUAUCGCCUCAGAUGUACGCAACAUCUGAUGAUAUUAAUAGUUACCAUCAUCAACAACAAUACCAACAACAGCAACAACAACAACAACACCAUAUCCAUCAUAUGCAACAACAACAUCAACACCAACUCCAACAACAAAUUUUACUUCAACAACAUUACCAAAAUGUCCAACAGCAACAGCAAUAUCAACAACAACAACAACAACCAUUUUCUCCAGAAGAUAGUAUAAGUGAAUAUUUAGCUAGUCCAUCAACAAAUUAUAGUGGUUCGGAAGAUUCUCCUCACAUGAGUACUAUUGGGGCUCCACAAUCACCUCCCCAGCAAUUACCAAUGUUAUAUUAUGGAUCACCACAACAACAUUACCAAACCCAACAAUCAUCACAACAACAACAACAAAACUCGAUUGUUUUUCAAUCAUUAUCUCCACCACACCAACCACAAUACCAAUACUAUUAUGUUGACCACCAACGUCUAAAUAUGCAACCACAAUCACCAUCUCAACAAUAUUUAUCGAUGAAUCAACAACCAUUAUCACCAUACCAAUCAAAUAAUAAUAGUUUAGAUGAUUCACCAUCACCAUCACCAUCACCAUCACAAAAAACACAAACCUCAUCCAAUAAUAGUAAUACACCAAAUAACAAUACUUCAGGUAAUAAUACAACAACAACAACUACCACGACAAAUAACUCAUCAUCAAAUUCACCAACCGUAUCAUCUUCAUCCUCAACACCACCACUUCAAACCAGAAAAAGAUCAGUAUGUGAACCACCAAGUAAUGAAUUAUUUAUAGGUAAUUUUGAAAAUGUUUUAACAUAUGAAAAACAAAUCGAAAAUCAAGUUAAUACUGCUUUUGAUAACAAUUGCAAUAAUAACAAUAGUGGUAACAGCCUUACAGCAUCAAAUACAAAUAGUGGCAAGGUUGAUUUAUUCCUUCAAAUUUCCGAAAGUCAAGAAACUUUAUAUAGAUCACUUUUAAAAGAAAACAUUCCAAAGAUGAAUUCACCACAAGUAGAUCAAACUAAAUUUUUACAUGAACUUUAUCUUAAACUAGAAAAAUGUUGCAAUCAUGUAAAUCUUCUUUCAAAUUCUAACAACAGCGAUACAAUUAAACACUCUUCAAAAUUUUUAGCAACUUCCUAUUUACUUGAAAAAAUCUCAAAACAACAAGAAAAGCAACCACAGGUUUUAUUUUUAUUAACAAGUUCACAACAAUAUUUAGUUUUAUUAGAAGAAUUUUUAAAACAAAAAUCAUUAAAUUAUUUAAAAAUUGAUCAAGUCAAUGAAAAGAGUUUAAUAAAAUCAAAAUUACCAAUUAUUAUAGUUUCGAAUUAUAAUGAUUUUAUUAAUUUUGAAUCAUCAAAUAAAUCAUCACAACAUAGUAACCAGCAUCAAGAUUUAUCACCAUCAACUCCAAGAUCUCCUAUUUCACCAGCAUCACCACAAUCACCAGCAUCACCCAUUUCACCAGCAUCACCGCUAUCAUCACCAGCAUCAACAUCAUCGACCUCAUCAUCAUUUUUAAACUCUUCAAUCUUUAAUCAAUUUAUUGUGAACAUUGUCGAAUUUGAAAACUAUUGGAAUUUAGAGAUUUCUAGAGAAUUAAAUGUUAACAAUUCGCUUUCAUUCAAAUUAAAAGUAGAAUCAUUAGGAACUGUAACAAGAAAGUUUAGAUUAUUAACCGCCGGUACAGUAGAAGAAUGGUUAUAUAUUAGAAAUCAAAAGAUCGACUUUAACAAUAUUAAUAAUGUUGCAUCACAACAAAUAAUGGAAAGUUCACAAGCAGAGAAAAUUUUAUUAGAGAAAACUAAAAAGGAUGAAAUGGUUGAAAUGAUGAAGUUUUGUAUUGUUAAAAUGUCAAAUUAUAAAAAGAAUAUUAGUAGUACAAUCAACCAAUCACCAUCUGGAUCGCCCACCUCGCCAUCAACAAGUAGUGGCAGUAAUAGUCCUUUGCUUUUCAGUCAAUUCCAAACCAAAGCUAAUAGCUUGAUCCAAUCGAUGUCUAUUUUAAACUCUAAAUCUACAUCAUUUGAUGGUCCACAAAGCCUUUGGAAGUCUAAUAGUGUCAAUGGUGUUGUAAAGAACUUUUCUCUCAUCGCCGAUCAACAAUCACCUCAACAAGACUCUGUUAAUUCGCUAAAGAACGUAGAUGAUAAAAAGAAGAAUAGAUCACCAAAGAAGCAUAGAACUCUUUUGGAUAGAAAUUGUUUUUCAUGCAAAAAAGAGGAAGAUUCUAAAGGCCGUACAUCCAUGGUACAAUGUAGAUCAUGUCCAAAAAUUUAUCAUCGUUCAUGUGCUGGUUUAUCACACACACCACGUAGUUGGAAAUGUUCAAGACAUGCAUGCCAACAAUGUAGAAAAACACCAAAUGAAUCAGGUGGCAGUUUCUUUAUUUGCAAGGGUUGUCCUUCUUCUUUUUGUAUCACAUGUCUCCCAAAUGAUGUUAAAAUUUUAGAUAAAGCCGAAUACAUUGAAUUAAAACCCAAUCAAAUCCCAACCGCCGAGCAACAACAGCAAUUACAUCAACAACAUCAAAAAUCAUUACUAUUAAACCCAAAUAACAGUCACCUCUUAGACGAUCUAAAUAGUAGUAAUGGUAGUAUAGGCAGUAAUAGCAGUAGUAGUAGCGGCAAUGGUAAUGGUAGCGGACCAACACCAAUUUCAGCAUCAUCUUCAUCAUCAUCACCAGCUCUUUUAGAAACUUCACAUCUCUAUAAUCAACAAAUCCCACACCUCCAACAACAAUUCCCAACAAAAAAACAAAAAAUUCAAAGACCAACUGUCUUUAUUUUAUGUCAAGUUUGUUAUAAAUCAGAACAACAACAACUCCAACAACUUCAACACAGCCAACAAAGCAAUGGUAAUAACUCGAUUUCAAAUACACCAAAUCAAACUAGUACGACCCCAACACUCGAAAAGAUGUCGAAUUUAGCUCUUAGUCCAAUUUCAGGUUCACCAUUAGAUAGUGCACAAAGUCUCCCAAAUACCCCCUCUUUCUAUUUGUCUGAUACAAUCGAAAUGAAGGAGUAUAUUAAUUAA